CUUGAGUUUAGUUGAAGUCGGAAAGUCGGAAUUAACGGUCGUCGCGUUGCCAUUUUUCUGUCUCGAGAUUACUUUGCAGUCGAUAUGUGGGUGUAUAUAUUUUGUUUGUAUGUAAUUUACUCUAAUUUACUGUAAUUGAAUUGACAAUACAAUAAAUUGAUUGAACGUGGCGGGAGUGGUACCUAAUAUUUUCAAUAAUUGAAACUUGGUUAAAGAAGAUUUUCGCGUUAAACUGUCCUAAUCAAUGUUCAUUGUUUGAAUAAAUAUAAUUAAAUAUCCAACGUGUUAUAAUUGUAGUGAUCGGGUUUUUUAACUUGGCCCGUGGAAUGAUGGUUUUGGAACAAUCAACAGAAGUGGUGUCAAAUGUUCCGUCGGAAGGAUUACAUCCAACGGCUGCAUUGCAAUUAUAUGCAGCAGCAGCGGCACAAUUAGGUGCGCCGGGAAGUAGGGUACCACCAUGGGGGCCGUUUUUGCAAUUCGGAGUACCUGGAGUUUUCGGUGGGGCUGCUGGGGCAGCAGCGGCUGCCGCUGCAAUGAGCGGGAGCGUUGGAGGUUCUGGUGGACAAUUUAUAGGGAGACAUCGAUUCGAUGGAAACCCAGUGCACAGUGCAGCCGCUAUGGCGGCUAGUUCCAAUGCAAAUGCAUUCGCUAAUUUAAGUGGAUUAAAUGCUGCAAUGAGAAAUGUGUCAGCACAGCAAACAGCGGCAGCGGCGGCGGUUGCGUCUGUGGCGAUACAUCAUCGGUUGCUCAUAACUUCAGGAAACAGACAAAUGCCGCAGGGACCUCCAAGUGAGGGGUCCAAUGAGGAUAAUGGUUUUAAUGCAGACGGGGAAGACGAUACUUGUUCAUCGAAAAGACGGCGGUCAAGGACGAAUUUCAAUUCCUGGCAACUUGAAGAACUUGAAAGAGCUUUUUCCGCGAGCCAUUAUCCCGAUAUAUUUAUGAGAGAAGCCUUAGCUAUGCGAUUGGAUUUAAAAGAAAGCCGUGUUGCGGUAUGGUUCCAGAAUCGGCGAGCAAAAGUUCGAAAACGUGAGCACACCAAAAAGGGACCUGGCCGACCUGCUCACAAUGCACAGCCACAAACGUGUUCCGGAGAACCAAUCCCGCCAAACGAACUCAAAGCCAAAGAAAGAGCUAGACGUCGCAAAAAGCUUGCAAAAGCAAUUGAUCGACAGGCCCGAAAACUUCAAGCUAAGGGCAUAACUGUAGAUUUAGAAGCUCUUAGGGCAGAAUACAUAUCUCAACAUCGAGGAAGCGGUGCAUUCUCAGACUCUGAUCUUGAAGAUGAUGGCAUUCAAAUAGAUGUAGUUGGCGGAACAGAUAGCGAUGACGAGCCAGAAGAUUUUUCAUUUCGAAGUUCCAACAAUGACCUAGCAAGCUUUCCUUCGACUGCAAGCCCAAACAGUAUUGGAAGCCCGUCUACCCAACAAAAUUUCGCCAAUCAUCAAGAAGAUGCCAACGAAAAACCUUUGUUCCUGUUCAAUCACACCCAAACGCAUUACAUAAAGAAGGAAUCACCUGCCCACCAUCAGAUUAGUAUUAGAAGGAAUAAUCCUUUCAGCAUAGAAUCACUUUUGUUCAGUAGUAACUCAUCGUGAGGGUAGAUUAAGAAUCAGCCUUUCAAACACGGAUUACGCAAUAAUAGUUCAUCAAUGGUUGGACAAAAAUUAUGUAUAUGAAUACAGAUUUGGGUACAUACAUGUAUAAAAUAUAUUAAAUCCAAACGCUUGAAUCGAUCUGAAUAAAAGUAAACUAAAUAAUAAUUAAAUUUAAGUAGAUACCUGCAUACUAUGUAAGUUACAGAAAAAAGAACGUAUGUAACAUUAUAUAAUAUUUAGUUAUAUGAACACUUGUAGUAAUGAUAAUUUAUUAAGGAAAUAAAGAGAAAAUGCAAUAAUUGUAGAGUAAAAAUUAA